UGUCACAAUACCUUUGGUCAUUAUCAUAACAUUGGCAUGAAAUUUGGCUACGAUCUUCUUAAUCUGAAAGAAAAGGGCCAGGUCACUAUUGUCGAACCGAUGAAAAUUAUAGCCAGCAAUAUUGAUACGUGUAAAGGUUUUACAAACAGAACAGAAACAGUAAUUCCAGAUGUCACUUCUACAGAACAUGUAGAUAUCGCACAUAGAUUUUUUGCACGUGUCAAAGAGAAGUAUGACGAAGCAGCAAGAUUUACUGAAUCUGUUGUCCUUGUUAUCGACGAUAUAAAUCAUCUCCUUGAUCUCGGUUUAGUACACGAUACUGUGUAUUUUAUAAGAUACUUAAGAUCGUUUAUAUCAUUGUCUCCCUUGUCGCAGCUUUGUAUUCUCGCACAUGCGUAUCAAGAAAAUCUACAGACUUCGAAUGCAGAUACGAUUGCUAAUGCCUUAAAAUACAUGUCACAUCUGUGUGUCGCGACACAACCAUUCAGGACAGGACAUUCUAGUGACGCAUCCGGUAAACUAACUGUUUACUGGAAGACAGAUUCCGUUAGAUCUAAAUAUCAUUGGUUAGAGAAAACAACGCAUCUGUUUGAAUUGUUGGAUUGGCAAGUAAAGAUUUGUGCACCUGGUACGACGUCUGUCCUAUCAUAAAUAAUAACUUGACAUUGCUAUAGCUAUUUCUUGAUUUUUAUG